AGAAGAGGAGGAGGCUGAGUGAGUAAGUGGAACUAGCUGAAGUGAUUCAAGCAUUGCUUUGAGCUUCACUCUACCAAGCUGCAGAUUGCUGCCUGAGGAUCUAAGCACCACACCAGGAAUCUUGCCAAGUGACCAUUGCAAACUACUCUACAGGGAUCAGCCAUCAUGAAAACUGCUGUGCUUAUCGUGUGUCUUUUCACCAUUGCCUUGGCCUUACCAGUCAGCAAAUCAAGACAUCAUGAUGAUUCUAGGAGUGCAGAAAGAAAACAUGAUUCCAGAGAAGAUGAAGCUUACGCACACCACAGUCACCACCACAAUUCACACAGCAAUGAACACAGUCAAGAGCAUAGACACAGCCAAGAGUCACAAGAACAUGCAUCUUCUCAACUGAACUCUCAGUCUUUGGAAGAUCGUGAUGAGAUCACUGAGCAACAGACCCUUUUGGCAUCUUCGAGCAAAAGUCAUGAAGACGACGAUGAUCAUAGUGAUGCUUCCAACGAUGAUGAUUCAGCAGAUUCAGAUGAAUCAGAUGAGUCUCACGAAACCUUCACUGACUUUACCACCGAUGCUCCUUUUUCCCUGCCUGUCUCUUCUGAGCCCUUCACAGGCAGAGGAGACGUUGCACCAUAUGGAAUAAGGGCAAAAGUUGACCAGAUGAGUUUGGGGAAGUCCAGCAAGGCACACAAAAAGUCUGGAAAGUUUGAUUCUCAAGAUGUUUCAGAUGAAGUUGACAGCACACCAGAUGAAGAGAGCCAUGAAUAUUCUGAGGCACAUUCUUUGGAAAACCAUGACUCCAGUGUAGAAAGAGAUGACAAAAGUAACCUGAGGGACAGCAAUGAAGUCCACAGUGCAUCUCAUGACAGAAGCUUAGAGGACAACAGCCAAGAGAAACCUGAGAGUGUAGAGGACAGCCAUGACAACAGCAAAGUUGACAUUUCCCUAGAAAGUACUGAAAGCAGAGAGCAGAAAAAGGACCACAGUGAAGAACAGUUAGACAGUGAUCCUGAUGUUGAUGAUGUCAGCAACCAAACUUUGGAAAGCACUGAGAAUCACCACAGUGUUGAGGAUCACCACAGCGCUGAACAGCAUGAUAGUGUUGAGGACAAUGAGGUCAUCCUCUAAAUGGCAGAAUAAGUUAGGCUAAUAGUUAUCUGAGAGAACUCUCCAGAUUUCUUGCAUGUAUGGGUACAACUAAGAUCAAAGCCCAAAUCCAUCACAAGUGUUUUUGUUUUGCUGAGUUGCAGAAAGAGAGUGGGAAGGGCAAUGCAAUUUUUACUUGAAUGUUUGCUCCCAAUUAUAUACACACAAUUCGGAUUUCAGGUCGUAGCAAUUAUAACUAGCAGCAAUUGUAAACAUGCUGCCUGAUUCUGUUCAUGCUUAUUUGGAAGUAGAUCUGACAGUUCUUCAGUAGAACUUCCUCCAAACAAACAUGCUUAGGAUUUCAGUGUUAAAUGAAAAAUACUAGUAGUCAUGAAUAUUAAGCCAUUCUUGGUGCAUAAUUCCUGCUCUGUCUUACAGUAGUUUGCUAUGAAGAAGAGAGAAAAAAAUGCUUGGGGGAAAAAUCUAGUUUUACAUUCCCAGUGAUUAUUGUAUAUCUCACAAUACUGUACUUCUGAAAUGUUUAAUAUUGCAGUGUAUAUUUUGUUGACAGUUGUGAGUUAAAUAAAGUGACAAAACUU